AUGGAAUUCACACCAAAUACUGUUUUCUCGGAGCAGAGUUUUCCCUUCUUGGAACUGCAGUUUCCCUCAUCUCCAUUAUCUCAAAAAAAAGACCAACACAAUUUUAUCGUCGACGCCCUUGAUAAAGAUCAGAGCCACACCUUAGUUGAGAAUGCUUCAGAGAAGUUUUCACGUGAAUCUGGCGAAGCGGUUUGCUGUGCAAAAGAAGAUGCAGGAAAGGCUGAUAAUUCUGUAUCAAAUUUCAACGGGACUCAUCCUGCGGAACAUAAAUGCACAAACCUGGAUCAUCCAGUGUUAGAAUCUGCGGUUUUGCCAACUAAUAGAACGCGUAGUUCCACAGUGUUUCAUACCAUCUCUGACGAAAUCAAUCCAUCCUGUGUAUACGACACAGCUUACCCAUGUCUUUACCAAGUGAUUGAAGGUAAUAAGGAAAACUUUAUUUAUGGUCUUGAUGCGCUUCUUCAUGGAGUUCAUUUUGGGUUUGUUCCGCAGCCGCCAUUUCGAGUGGCAUUACCAGGCUCUUUUGGGGGCGCGACACACAAGUCGCAAGAUGUCGAUUAUGACUUUGAGGUACUGGAGAACGCAACAGUACCAGCGGAAGUAUAUUUCCCACGUUCGGCAGCGCCUGUUUCAUCUUUGGGAGGUCCCCGUAGGAAGUUUGGGUCCGGCCAUGGAAAUUCUUGCAAGGGAAAAGCGAGUUUGAGCAACACCCCCUCCGCAGAAAUUGGCGUGUCUUCCGUGAGGACUCCAUUAUUGUCGACACAGUUUUUGAGGAAGGAGGCACUGGUUAGAGAAGCUCGAAGUUAUAUGCAGGAGGCUGAGUUUAUCAUUAAUCAGUUAUUUGGGGAAGACGAUAAUGGCGACACGCUUGCGAGCGGAUCCCCAAGUUCCAAUACGCCUGGGAAAGUAAAUGCAGCAGACCUGGAAGCACUGAUGACUGAGUCUCUAGUACCCCACAGUAUGCCCCCAAGCACCCCUAUUUCAACUCGAAGUGGCGAGCCGAGAUUUCUACCCCUGGCAACAGAAACUGGGGGAUUCAAGCGUUGUCAACAAAUUGACAAAGGGCCACAGUUCUCUUCUGAAAAAAAAGGGAAUGCGGAUAUGGAGUAUCCUGCUUUUGAUGAUGUUUCGUUUCGUGAGCCCUUUUUUUGGCCAGAAAGCUCUCCGCAGCCUUUACGCACUGCGAUCUCGUCGACACGAGGGCAAAAAUCCUUGCCUAAAUCCAGUAUCGUUUCACAGGAGUCUCGACCAUCGUCAUUAAAAACCCCACCGCCACGGGAUACAUUACGUCAAGAGUUGCCCUUGAAUGAGUUUUUGGGAAGUAUGGAAUAUCCUUCGGCCGUCGAUUAUCAGAAUGACACGGGAUCUGCCAUGACCAAAUUGCAACCAAUCUUUUCACAGUUCAAUUGUCCGAUUGCACGGGGGGGCCAAGUCGCACUUCCGAAGACCCCUCCGCGAAAAUUGGAGGGAAAUGAGGAAGGAUUGAGAAAUGAAGAACAGCGGAUUAAAGAUGCUCGUCGUCAAGCCAGUGACAAGUCUGCUUUGCGGGCCUCAAGAAUGGUUGUUAUGGAUAAUCGAUUUGCCCCUAAAACGACGAAGGUAUCUGAUUUCCCCCACAGUGGACAAGUUGAAAGACAAGAGGCGCAGGAAAGGGAAAAUGAGGAACGAAGAGCUCGUGUGAAGGCCUACUUGGAGAAACGUCGGGCUGAAAGGACAAGGCAUGAAGAGGUAAAGCAGCGUCGUUCCGAUGAGGAGAAGGUUGAGCGGCUGUCCAAAUUGCCCAAACAUUCUUUCAGUUCCAGUAUAGGGCCGGAACAGACAUCGACACAGGGUGCUAACCCCGUGCAUCGGACUUCUCAGAGAAGGAUAGUUAGUGCAAAAGGUGCCACACACUCUGCAGCAGCACCCCACCCCAAAAGACUUACUGCGGAUGCAAGCCUUACUCCGGAGUCUUUAAAAACAUCAGGAUUACCAGAAAAUCAGAAUACCAAGACUGAGAAUCACAUACAUUCGUUGGUAAUAAUCCACAGGUCACAGGAGGAUUCCAAUACACCGGCAAAGAUAAAAUUGGUUGGGGACACGAAGCUAGAGAUACAUCAAGGUAUUGAGUCGCCACUUUUUUUUGAGGUUGAUGAAUGUUUGGAGUCGUAUGACGGGAGUAUUUUUUGCUCCACAACUCUCUCAAAACUUCGUCAAAUGUUUCUUUCAGGGUUAAAUGUGUCCAUGUGCCUGGCUGGAAGCGAAUCCGUAGAGUUAUUAAGCUGGAGACCUCUGCGUGAAGUCAUGCAGGGUGUAUUUCAAGAUUUGGGGGAAGACAGUCAAUUGUUCCUCUCCGUCGCCUUGGUUCAACAAGGACUCACGCAGGAUCUUCUUUCUGAGUCGGGAAGGAUGGUGCGAACGACAUUUAAGCAAUUUGCCCUGCUAGAUGUUACUAUUGAGAAUGUUGGUUAUGUAAAAUUGCGGGAUUUGCGACAUUUUUCUAAAGUCCUAGCGCGUGGUUGGGAAGUCGCUCGAGUUGAUCAUACACGUGGAUGCGGCUUCUUUGUGGUUUCCGUCGUUCUUAAACAAAUUAGGGAGGAUGACGUGAUCUUGUCAUCUAUGUUGGCUAUAUGUGGAAACAAGUCUGUUACUCACCUCAACAACUUGUUGAAAAAGGAGAAUCACGAGUCUAGUAAUUUGAUUUCUGCAGCGUUGGGUUUCUCGUGUUUUACAGUGGCGGUUCUAACCUUAUCUGAGGGGGAUAGGAGCGCCACCCAACUCAUGAAUACACAAGACAAACUCGCCUCCAUUGUCAACAGCCACGGUAAUGUCGGAAGUGUGAAAAAGUUUCUUGAGGAAGCAGAGAGGGAGCUCGCUGCGACUGAGAGUGAUGAUCCCUCGGCACAAAAAAUACGUGAGGUGUUACAGGAGAAGAUUGCUGUCGCUAAGCGUGCCUUGAUGGACCCCCAAAAAUUCUUUCCAAGAGAAGCCGCUGAAGAGCCGAAAGUGCCUCAUGAACCUAUUUGUAAGGCGAAUCCUGAAACAGCCGCAAAAGCCACGGAUGAGGCGCUCUAUGAUGCCGCCGGGGCCGAGAAAAGCUCUGCAAACAGCCAAUCUGCCGAGAAGCAACAACCACAGAAGGAUGACAGUAAAAGUGUGAGAGAAGAACCGGAUGUGAGUAAACAAGUUGAACGGCCCCCUUCAAUGCAUGUUCGGAAAAUGCUGCUGCCCCCACCCCCCGACCCAAGGGCUGCUGGCACUGGGGAAAUUACUUUGAAUACAACUCAGGAGGGACAUGUGUCCGAGGUUCCUCACCCACCGGAGACCGUCAGCGUGGUUAAAGCCCCUCCAAAUAACGCCACAAAAGAUGCAGAUUCGGCUGUGGCCCCCAAUACGUGUCAUUCCACCACGGGCAGUCAGCAGGAGAAAAAAGCAAAUACUCCAGUUACCUUGCCAGUUAUUCCAUUAGCCAAACUUUGCAUGGGCCGGCGACAAACAAAUUUUCCGAAACCGCCCGACGAAAACGGUCGAGAAGUGCCCGCAAAACGUGUUUCUUCUUUUUCUUCAGGAUUGGGUCGAGGUGUCAUGAAGGAUAUCGAAAAGGGUCCCAUCGACUCUCAGGAUCCCACACCCGCCGGAGUUUAUUCUUCCACGCAAACUCAUUUGUUAGUAAAUGCGAAUGCAGGCGCCCACACGGAGCAGCAGCUGGAAAAGAACACGGACACAACAAUUGCUUUACCGCAAGGCAUAUUGCGAGCUUCUAGCAGGGAAGAUUCUCGUCCUCUUUCCGCGUCCACCACAGCUGGGACCACGGCGAGUACGCGGUACAUCAAUCGCGAAGAUGUUCCUUUAAAAAAGCCGGUAUUCCACCAUAUUGAGGCACAUUUUAAAAGCAUACUGCCCGUUGUGGACAAGAAAUCAACCGCCAAGUUGCCCCCGAUCAAAAAAAAGAGCAGUGAACGGCUAAUUUGCUCUUCAGUCGAAUUGCCAAAGGAUGCAGAUACGGCAAGAAAGAAUUCCCUGCUGACGCUGAUUUCGGAACAGGAGGAAUACGUGGAGGAGGAAGAAGAAGGACGGGAAAAGAGCGAAUUUGUCGAAGAUAAUUCUAUAGGGAAUGAACGACGUCUGGGUAAAAGCAACCGAAGAGACGACCGUACAGAAAUGGAUGCAUCACUAAGCUCCAAUGUGCGAACGCUUGUUGUCCUUGAUCCACGGUGCAAGGAGACAGUCAAUGUUACUCAUGACGGUACAGUGGUCAUUGUGAUGACUGAUGAUGAUUUUGAAGAGUAUGAGGUCGAUGAAGUGAUUGAGCGACCGUAUGGCUGUGAAGUUGUGAAUUCCAAAAUGCUGGACAAAUUACUCGACAAAUUCAUGUUGGGGUGCAAUGUGGCUAUUCUUGCGGCGGAUAGUCGCAGUUCAUCCUUGUCAUCUUUUGUUUUAAAGGGUGUUGUGCAUGAUGUACUGAAUGAGAUUCGCGAGAAGACGAUGUCUCACGGACCCAAAUAUAAAGGAAUUUUCAGUGUUUCCAUUGUGCAGGUGCGGGGUGAGACAGUGGUGGAUCUACUUAAAGAGAACAUUUCCCCGCGAAAACUAGUCAUUGCCAUCUCACCCAUCUUUGGUCCAUGUGUACACAAUGUAACACGUCUUCCUGUUGAAAAUGCGGUUGUAUUCGACUCCAUGUUAACAGCAGCACUCACUCGCGCUUCUGUGAAAGAACGGGAGUAUGGGAUGGUUUUUAUCUCCUUUGUGUUGAAGCAAAAAAUUGAAGUCGAAAAGGAUGUUAUUGUCUCAUCUCUUGUUUUUAAUUUGGUGGGAGAAAAUGUCGGUCUUUAUUUGACCGUACUCGAUCGAUCUCCCCUUGUUUCCCGUCCACUGUUUCACUACGCAUUGGGAGGGCCAUGUUUUACUCUGGCCGUGCUCGGUUUUAGCGGCGAUGAAACACGUAUGCACGACAUGCUUGCCGUACAGCGGCGUCUUGGGGAAAUGACGAACCGACCAACUCACCGUGGCAGCAUCAACAAGUUUAUUAAUGGUAUUCGUACAGAUUUAGCGCCGGCAUUAAGUGAAAAAUUGCGGGAUUCUGACGAUCGGGAAUCGACAGAAAAAAUCUUGCGCCGCCUGGAGGAAAUGGCGCAGGAUGCCGAAAAACUUUUAGAAAACUUUGAAGACAACGAUCCCAAGGCCUACCUGAAUGAUGCGGAUGAAAAUCAGACGGAUGAAAACCGCUACAAUCGCAUGUCGUUAUCGGAGACAGUUCCCCGAGCGGAGGCUCAAGGGAGGGUGCGUUCUCUGGUGUGCUUUGAGCAACGACUGCCAGGGAACGGUUGCAUCGCGGUGGAAAACAACUCCCUUCUUUUUCACAACGGGGAGUUUGUUUGCCGGUACGAUGUGGACGAAGUGGUGGUUCGAGAUUCCAGCGGCAGUGUUCCCUCCUCACAGCUGAUCGAUGAUCUUGUAGCUAAAUUUUUAAUGGGGCAUAAUACCGCGCUUCUUGCCGCGGAAAGUCGGAGCUCCGCGGUGACACCGCUCAUUCUUCGGAAAAUCGCAUACCUCAUAGUCUACAAUAUUAAUUUGGAGUCGCCAUCAACAACAAUGAAGGGGGACUUGCUUGUCUCUAUAGCACUUGUCAAGGAUGAUGUCACGGUAGAUCUGUUGGCUGUUCAUGAAGGGCUUGCGUUCCACCGUUUUGAGGUUGAGGUAUCAUCACUUUUUAGUCGUCGGCUUCGGGGAGUGUCGUAUCAUAUAGUCACUUCCGCGGAAGGCUUUGAUCACCUCCUUGCCUUCGCUGUGGAUCGUGCCGAACCCGCACUGCGGUCCGAGGAUCCUGGUGUUAUGGUGGUGGCACUCAGCCUCACGCAGUAUGUGGAAUCCCCUGCGCGUGAUGUACUCGUCUCUUCUUUCAUCGCAACAACAGUCUUUGACAGCGUAUCGCAUUACACAGGUGUGUUGCACAAAAGGCCUAAUGAACCAACAGGACUUUUUAAACUGGCACUCGGUGGUCCCUGUUACACCAUCGCUAUGCUUGGGCUUUGUGACGAUGAGGAUAACGCAGGAGAAUUUCUUACGGUGCAAAUGGAGCUGGCUCACGUGCAUAAUCGUCUUUCACGUCCCGUAAGUGUUGUAAAACAUGUGAAUGAGCUUAAAAAAGGCAUUGCCAAACUUUUUGAGCUCCAGCAAACGGCGGAGGAUGUGCGGCAACAAGAGUACAUCAGCGCCAGGAUUACUCAGUUAAAGGCCUACUUGCACGAUGCUGAGUUACUCUUGGAACUUCCAGUAAGAGAAAGAGGUUUUGUUCCCUUGGGUUCUGAGUCGUAA